AUGGCACCACACUUAACAGAAGACGAAAUUGACGACCUGUUGUAUGCAGCUCGUGUUGGGGACCAGGAUGAGUUGACGACGCUCCUCUCGUCGCUUUCGGAGCGGGAAAAGGUCUCGGCGGCUGAGAUUCUCAUAAAUGCUAAAGAUGAGGGCAAGUCGACUUGUUUGCAUAUGGCUACGGGGAAUGGGCAUUUGGAGAUCGUAACCCUCCUCCUUACCCACCUCAGCCCACCCCUACCCGCAGACAGCAAACAAGCCUUCCUAGACGCACCCAACGAAUACGGCAACACAGGCCUACACUGGGCCGCAUUAGGCGGCCACCUAGCGGUGGUGAAGGUGCUGGUAGAGGCCGGGGCGUCGGUGGCGCUGGCCAACGACAAGAACUACGUGCCGCUGGACCUGGCGAGUUUUGGGGAGAAGUUUGAUGUGGUGGACUAUUUCUUGGAGAAGAGUGGGGGGUUGGAGGAGGAGAAUGCUACGGCUACGGGUUCUGGUGAUGGUACCGCUGGUGGCGGUGAAGGGGGUGUGGGUGGCUUGGAGAGUGGGUUGGAAGGGGUGAAGGUUUCGGCGGAGGAGAGGAAGGGGGAGGAUGGGGAGGAUGAGGUGGUGUUUAAGGCGGGGAGUGCGGCGUGA